AUGGCUUCCACAAAUGAUUACAAAGCAAGUGAGCUAUUCCAAGCUCAAGCUCAUUUGUACAGAAUGAUGUAUAGCUUCCUUAAUCCCAUGUGCAUCAAGUGGGCCAUUGACCUUGGCAUUCCUGAUAUCAUCCACAAUCAUGGUCAACCCAUUACUCUUCCCGACCUUGUUUCUGCUCUUCAUGUUCCACUUUCUAAAGCUACUUGUGUUGAGCGUCUCAUGCGCUUAUUGGCACACAAUGACUUCUUUGCAAUCAUCAAAAUCGAUGACACCAGAGAAGCAUAUGCUCUUACUCCAUCUUCACAACUCCUUGUCAACGGCACUGAUCACUGUUUGUCUUCAAUGGUUCAUUUGUUAAAUAGCCCUACUCUUGUUGGCUCAUAUCAUCACCUAGGGAAAUGGACUUCUGGGGAGGAUCUCACAAUCGUCGAGACCGCAUUAGGACCUGGAGGCUAUUGGGAUUUUAUUCAUCAGAAUCCCACUCAUUUGAAAACCUUCAAUGAGGCUAUGGAAAGUGAUUCUCACGUUGUAAGGUUGGCUUUGAGAGAUUGCAAAUCAGUUUUUGAGGGCCUCGAUUCCUUAGUUGAUGUUGGUGGUGGAACCGGAAACACGGCUAAGAUUAUAUGUGAGGCAUUUCCUAAUUUAAAAUACAUAGUGCUUGAUCUUCCACAGGUUGUUACAGGCUUAACAGGAAGCAACAAUUUGAGUUUUGUUGGCGGCAACAUGUUUAAAUCUAUCCCUCAAGCUGAUGCAAUUUUACUCAAGUGGGUUUUACACAACUGGAGCGAUGAUGAUUGCAUCAAGAUACUCAAAAAUUGUAAAGAAGCCAUUUCUGGCAAAGGAAAAGGAGGAAAAGUGAUCAUCAUAGAUAUAGUGAUAAAUGAAAAGAAAGAUGAUAGUGAAAUGACAGAAGUAAAACUCUUACUUGACAUAGCUAUGAUGACCAGUCUCAAUGGGAAAGAGAGAGAUGAAAAUGAUUGGAAGAGACUUUUUGCGAAGGCAGGCUUCAAACAUUACAAGAUAUUCCCCGCAUUUGGCUUUAGGUCUCUUAUUGAGCUUUAUGCUUAA